AUGCAAGAUGAAGAAAGAUACAUGACAUUGAAUUUACAAUUGAAAAAAAGGAGUUCUAGCCAAACAUCCCAACUUAAAUUUAAAGAUUGUUCUGUGAUGUUGCACUGGUAUAAAAUCUUAUUGGGGAUAUCUGGAACAGUAAAUGGUAUUCUGGUUUUGACUUUGAUCUCCCUGUCUUUACUGGUUUCUCAGGGAAUAUUGCUAAAAUGCCAAGAAGCAAAGAAUUCAAAUAUCACCCAACAUGAUGAUAUUGGAAACCUGAAAAUGAACAGAGGCACAAGAGGAAAUAUAACUAAUAAGGACACAAGCCACUGUGGUUCAAAAGCUACAGACCAUUCAGGGUUGUGCCCAUCUGAAUGGCUCAAAUAUCAAAAAAAGUGUUAUUGGUUCUCUAAUGAGAUGAAAAGUUGGAGUGACAGUUAUGGGUAUUGUUUGGGAAGAAAAUCUCAUCUACCAAUCAUUCAGGACCAACUUGAAAUGGCUUUUAUACAGAAAAACCUAAAACAAACAAACUAUGUGUGGAUUGGGCUUAACUUUACAUCUCUGAAGAGGACAUGGACCUGGGUGGAUGGUUCUCCAUUAGAUUCAAAGACAUUUUUCAUAAAAGGACCAGCUAAAGAAAAUAGCUGUGCAGCCACCAAGGAAAACAAAAUUUAUUCUGAAACCUGCAGCAGUGUUUUCAAAUGGAUUUGUCAAUCAAUCAAUAAUCAAUGA